AUGGGGCUCCUGCCCUCCUCCGACAGCCCAGGACACCCACGCCUCACCCUUCGGUGCCUGGGCCCAGCCCCUGCUCUGAUGCCUCCCCAGGGCUGGCAGAGAGAGGGCAGCUGCAUGCAGUGGAGGCUGCUGGGCCCGCCCAGCCUCAGGACUGCGCGAUAUCAAUACUGGCUACUUUCUCUUCUCGCCGCAGUGCCGUUGGUUUCACAUGAUUGCACUUUUGUGGGUCACAAAGUGAUACAUACAUGUAUUACUUGGUCACUGGAUGCAGAAGUACCCAUUCAUCACACCUGCCUCACAGCCCCACCCUGCUGUACUGCUAGGACUUAG